AACGAGUAGGAGCUGGUGUGAAUUAGUCCAGCUCAUUUUCAAAAAUGUUCACAAAUAAGUCUUAUAUUCAGAUUAAAUGUACCAGUUGAAUAUAAUGUUUAGUGUAGUGAUAAAAACGUAAUGAACAACAAUUACGGGCCGGUUUAUCAAUAUUAACCUGCAGAUAAACUUCCAGUUAGGUUUUUAUUCUAUAUUUGAUCCACAAGUUUAGCAACUGACGGAUAAAGUAUGUUGGCAAAAGUGAUAAAUAAGAAUAACAGACUGUAAUUGAAUGUGUAUUUUUUCCAUGGGCCAAUAAACAUCAAUUGGUGAAAAGUGAAAAUGGAUUGUUUGAAAUCUAAAAUGAGACAAAGAAAUCCAAGGGAAUCCGCUAAUAUAUUUUCCCUGAUAACCUUUUGGUACACACUGCAUCUCGUAAAAAAGGGACGUAAAAAGGAUUUCGAAGAAAAAGAUCUCUAUGAAGUAGUUAAAAGAUGCGAUUCGAAAUAUUGUGGAGAUAAAUUUGAAAAAAUAUGGAACGAAGAAAUAAAAAAAACUAAAUGUCCAUCUUUAUUCAAAACACUAUGCAAAGUAUACGGAUACAGAUAUUUGUUUUGGGGUGUUACACAACUGGUAUUUGAAUUAAUAAAAAGAUUAAUGGAACCAAGUGCUAUAGCGAAUUUAGUAUCGUACUUUCAGCCAGGUCAAACAAAACAUACCAAAUACGACGCCUAUAUCAGUAUAACAAUCUUACUAUGUUCAAAUUUUGCUCAAAGUAUCUACUUCUACAACUUCGAUCUAUUUUUAACACUCUUAAGCGUAGAAGCAAGAACUUCUAUUUGCUCUGUGUUAUUUCGAAAAGUGAUAAAGCUCAGUCCCGCGGCUUUGUCCAAAGCAAAUAUGGGUAACGUGGUUACGUUAAUUACCAAAGAUGUACAGGAAUUCAAAAGAAAUAUGUUCAUUUUUAAUGAUGUUUGGGUAUUUGGAACCGUUAGCAUCGUCGUCUGUUAUAUUCUAUACUCCAGAAUAGGUCCGAUUUCAUUAAUAGCAACUGGAAUUUACAUUAUUGUGAUACCGUUAGAAGCACUACUUGGAAAAUUAGUGAAUAAAUUACGUAAAGAUACAUGUCAAAAAACCGAUGAAAGAAUACGAUUGACACAAGAAAUACUUUCAGCAACAAAAAUAGUCAAAAUACACUGUUGGGAAGACUUUUUUUAUAAAAAAAUUAAUUAUUUAAGAAAGAAAGAAAUAGCUAAAAUGCUUCUUAUUUUCUACAUAAGAAUGAUUCUCCUAUUCAUCGGUACCAUAGCUUCAAAAGCAGGUCUCUACGUACUAAUAAUGGCUUAUAUUUGGAUGGACCAAACACCAGACGCUUCUAUCGUUUUUUUCAUAACCGCACAUUUCGAAACCCUCGCUUUAUCUUUCGGAUAUCUCGUUCCAGUAUAUAUUGGAAAGUAUUCACAAUUCACAGCUGCCCUAUCCAGAAUAAACCAAGCUUUAACUGCAGAAGAAAUACAGAAAAAAACUGAGCCGAUUGAAAGUAUUACUAAACCGUUAAUAGACCUUAAAAACGUAACCGUCAAUAUUAACUCUAUUGACGUACUAUCAAAAAUUAAUUUUAAAACGUAUUUUGGAUUGACUAUAAUCACUGGUAGAGUCGGUUCUGGAAAAACUACACUGUUAAAAACUAUUAUGCAGGAAUAUGAGUUAGCUAAUGGGGAAGUUAUAUGUAACGGUACAAUUUCCUAUGCAUCUCAGGAUCCAUGGUGUUUUCCGAGUACCAUAAAACAAAAUAUCUUAUUUGGAGAAGUAUACAAUAAAAAAAGAUAUCAAGAUGUAUUAAGAAUUUGUGCUCUUGAAUAUGAUUUGAAUCUCUUCGAAAAAGGAGAUGAAACCAUAGUUACCGAUAAGGGUCAAAACUUAAGCAAAGGUCAACAAGCUAGAAUCAAUUUGGCGAGAGCUAUAUAUAAGAAAAGUGAUAUUUACCUAUUGGAUGACUGCCUAUCAGCUUUAGACCCUCAUGUUCAUCAUUUCAUAUUCGUUGAAUGUAUAAAAAAAUUUCUAAAAGGAAAACUAUGUAUACUAAUUACUCAAAUGAAUUCGAAUUCGCAUGAGGCAGAUAAAGUAUUUGUAAUGAACAAAGGACGAAUCAUAUAUUCUAAUAAUCCUAAACAGAAAAUAGUGAGGGAAGAUACAGGCUCAAAAGAGGUAGAGCUUAAAAAGAGAGAUGAUUUGGGAUCGGUGGAAAGUAAUGAAUUUAUUGAAACAAAACAAACGAUAUCUAAAGAUAUAUACGAAGAAGAACUGAAAAAAGGAGCAGUUGAUAAAACAGUUUAUAGAAAAUACAUCGCCUUUGGUGGUGGUAUACUUUUACUGAUGAUAGUUUUAUUUUUUGUUGCAUUUCAACAAGCUGCUGAAAGCUAUUCUCAGAAGUUGAUAUCUAUUUGGAGCGACGAAAAACAAAGUAUUUUUAAUAUUAAAGCCAACAUAACAAAAGAAAACUUUAACAAAUCGAUAGAAUCUGAAUUGGAAAUCGCUGAAGCUCAAGCAUCUUCUACUUUUAAAACGUAUACCAUUAUGCUAGUUACUGCUGUUUUCAUACAAGUGAUUAAAACUUACACAUUUCUAAAUUUUUGUAGAAGAGCUUCCAUAAAAAUCCAUAAAGUUAUGAUACGCAAUGUAAUUUAUGCUGUUAUGAGUUUUUUCGAUACACAUUUUAUAGGAAACAUCCUUAAUAGAUUUUCUCAGGAUAUUAUCAAUGUUGAUGAGAACUUGCCAUAUCAACUAUUGGCAUUUUUAGAGACUAUUAUUUAUGUUGGAGCAACCGUUUUCUUAAUAGUAUCAGUAAAUUCCUACUUUAUCAUAUAUGUACUUAUAACUUUUGCUGUUUUGGUGUCUUCGUUGAAAUUCUACCUUCCAGUAGCAAGAAAUUUACAAAGGCUUGAAGCUUCUACAAGAAGUCCCAUGAUAGGUUGCCUCAAUGCUGCUCUGGAAGGAUUGACCACUAUACGAGCGCAAAAAGCGGAGCAAACUGUUAUCCAAGAAUUUGAAAAACAUCAAAAUGUUUUUACGUCGGCUCACUACAGUAAUCUUUGUUUUCAAUUUGCAUUCGGAUUCUUUACAAGCAUUCUUGCUUUCAUAAUGGUACUUGUUGUUGUCUAUACUUUCGUUAUGUUUGAUACAGGGACAUCAGCUGGUAGUAUUGGUCUCGCCUUGACCCAAGUCCUAUAUUUAGGAAGUAUUGUACAAGAAUCAGUAAAAUCAUGGGCAGAUCUAGAAAACUUGAUGACAGCUACUGAAAGAGUCUUGGAAUAUACCGAAUUAAAAACGGAAACAAAUCAAGGGAUUAAAAAGAAGCAAUGGCCAAAUGAUGGAAUUAUUGUCUACGAAAAAGUAUCAUUAUCUUAUGUCAAUAACAGAGUUAUUUUAAAUGACUUAAAUUUCAAAAUAGAUCGUAAGCAAAAAAUUGGAAUAGUCGGUAGGACUGGUGCAGGAAAAUCUUCUAUAAUAUCAACAAUUUUUAGACUAUACGAAGUAGAAGGAACAAUAAGAAUCGAUGGAAUAGAUAUCAAGACAUUAUCAUUAGAAUAUCUCAGGAAGAAUCUAGCUUUAGUUCCUCAAGAUCCAGUUUUAUUUUCAGGAACCGUUAGAUCUAAUCUGGAUCCUAUUGGCGUUCACCAAGAUGAAGAUAUAUGGAUGGCUGUAAACAAAGUUAACUUGAAUGGUUUGAUAACAAGUUUGGAUUCCGAAAUACAAAAUCCGUGUAGUUUCAGCUUGGGACAGAAGCAAAUGAUAUGGCUAGCAAAAGCUAUCUUGAGCAAAGCUAAAAUUGUCAUUUUAGAUGAAGUUACUGCUAAUAUAGAUUACGAAACAGAUCUUUUUAUUCAAGAUAGUAUAAAAAAUAAUUUUUCUGAUUGUACUGUGUUGAUUAUAGCACAUAAGUUACAAUCUAUAUUAAACUGUGACUACGUAAUGGUACUUGAUCGUGGAAAAAUUAAAGAAUUUGACAAACCUAGAAUAUUGUUGGAAAACAAUGUUAGUAUUUUCAGUCAAAUGGUUCAAAAAGAUAAUAUUUAGCGAAAUUAUUGUAUAUUUAUUUUGGGAUCCAUAAAAAGAAUGUCAAAAAUUGAA